CUGGCAGCAAAGCGGAGGGAAGGGGACCCUGAAACAGUCCAGGUCUCACAGCCGGUGGCCCCAGCCUGUGCCUCCAGGGCUACUUCUGUCCCCCUGGCUCCCACUCAGCCACUGCCCACCCAUGCCCUCGGGGGACAUUCGGGCCCAGGCGAGGGGCCAGUGCAGAACUGGACUGUGAGCUGUGCCCAGCAGGGAUGUUCUGCUCAUCAGAAGGGCUGUCCCAGCCAUCAGGGCUCUGCCAUUCAGCCCACUACUGCACAGGAGGUGCGGUGUCUCCCACCCCCCUCAAACACAAGGUGGAGGCCCCAGGACUUUCUGGGAAUGAUAUCUGCCCUCCUGGCUUCUUCUGCCCCAGGGGAACAGGCUCCCCAAUGCCAUGCCUGCCUGGGUCUUACUCCUCUGCCCCAGGCCUGGCCAGCGAGGACCAGUGCCAGCCGUGUCCUCCAGGGCACUACUGCAGCAACCCUGGGCUCUCCCAUGUCCCAGAGGCAGAACUCUGCGAUGCAGGGUAUAUCUGCCUGGGAGGCAGUGCUGUGCCCUCACCUUCUGAUGGAACCCACGGAUACAGAUGUCCUCCUGGCUUCCACUGUCCCUCAGGGGCUCACAGCGAGCAGCCCUGUGAACCUGGCACCUUCAGCCCAUUGCCUGGGGCUGACACCUGCCUGCCUUGCCCAGGAGGCACCUACUGCCAAAAUGUUGCUACCGUGGAGCCCACCACCUGCCCCAAAGGUCACUAUUGCCCAGGAGGGACACCCUCUGCUCUUCCCUGCCCGGAGGGAACCCUGAACCUACGGGAAGGUGCUCUCUCCCCCAGGGCCUGUCAGCCCUGCCCUGCAGGAAGAUACUGCCCUGGUGAGGGCAACGGGCAGACUGAGGGACCCUGCUCAGCUGGUUACUACUGUGAAGGGGGAGCUUCCAGCCCCACUCCCCAGAGAAACUCUGCCUUCCCCCUCAAUGGACCCUGUCCCCGAGGCCACUACUGCCCCCAGGGGACUCUGUACCCUGUGCCCUGCCCGAUGGGGACAACAAGGAGGAGCCCAGGUGGCACCUCCGAGGGGAGCUGCAGGCCCUGCCCAGCUGGCUCCUUCUGCCCUGGCCUGGGCCUUAGCUCUCCUAUCAGCUCCUGUGUGGCUGGCUCUGAAUGCCCCUGGGACCUCAGGACCUCCAGCCCCAUGGCCGUCCUCUGUCCUCAGGGUCACUUCUGCCAACCAGGGUCUGCUUGGCCUGUCCUGUGCCACCAAGGGGAGUACCAGCCAUCCCUAGGUUCAGACUCCUGCCUCCUGUGCCCACCUGGCUUUCACUGCCCGCAUCCCGGCACCAGAAUGCCCAGGCUCUGCCCAGCACAUGCCUACUGCCCAGCCGGAACGUGGUCCCCUCUUCCAUGUCCUCCAGGGACCUUCACUCCCCAAGAUGCAUCAGGCCUCCAGGAAGAGGGUGACUGCUCCGUCUGUCCCCCCGGUAACUACUGCAGCCUGCACUCUGCUGAAGAGUUGGAGAUCAGACUGGUGGCUGUCAAAGCUCAGGCCUCGGGACCUGGCAGGCCCCAGGCACUCACUGGGGACAAUGCAGGAAGCAGCUAGAACACCUGCCAGUCUUCUCCCUCCUCACUCCACAGUGAGUGUGACAAGGCCACAAAGAUCCUCCAGGGGGAACUUGUCUUGCUGCCGCAGCCCUGGGUCCUCGUCUUUAUCCACUGGGCUCCACAAACUCAGUGGAGAAGAGACACCCAGGAAUCCAUCUUUUCCUGAAGGACGUGCAGAGGUUCUUCGAACCCUGCACUGGGCCCAGCACCCCUGGGUCUGACCCUCGUGCCCUGUUUUGUUGCUGAAUGAA